UUUAAUUAACAAUCGCAACUUCAAAAUGACUCCUAAAAGUCAGGUGUUUUAAUUGAAAGGGGAGCUUUCUUAUGUAAGUAGACAAAACUAUCCUCCCUAAAUUUACUCAGAAGAUUCAAAUUUAGCAUUUAACAUGUUUUUUUUGAGAACCUCUUUAUAUUAGUAUUAGGAUUCAUUUCAUCGAGUAUGUCCUUUUAUAGGCGUUUAAUAGAAUCCAAAAAAUGUGGAUCUCUUUACGAUAGCCUGUGAACAACCACUGUUGUGUGGUUCUAGAUUUUUUUUUUUUAUCACUAAGAAGCAUUAAUUUGACAGCUCUUCUACAGUUCUACUACCUUCUUGACUGAUAUCUCACAUUCGAUCUAUAAGUUAGCAAAAUUUAUGUGGUUAGCUGUCCUAUUAAUUAGCAAGAAAUUGGAACCACAAAUGAGAGAUUGGCUCCGCCUAAUAUGCGUAUAUAUUUUUAUCCAAUUAGCCUAUAAAAAAUCAUCUUGUACGUAAUUUUUUCUAGAAAUUUUUCUUUUGUACCCAAUUAGGUCGGAUUCGGGUGGAUAUUCAUGGUUAUGGAUAUUUUUGCCAUCUCUGCUUCUAAUCACCAGCCUUGGAACUGCAUCAUUGUCUUAUAUCUUAUGCAUAAGGAGGCUUCUGGAGUGUUGCUUCCUUUCCACCCUAUGUGCAAGAGGCUUAAUCUUACCCAUUUAAUGUUUGCUGAUGAUAUGCUUCUGCUCUUUGAUGGUUCAAACUCUGGUCUUCAGACAAUCCAAUUAAUUUUGGAUGACUUUAGCUCCCUUUCUGGUUUGGUGUCAAACCCAUCUAAAUGUGAAUUAUAUUAUGGGACAUUACCGUUGUAUUGGCAGAAGCCGAUGAUUGAGAGGGCUGGUUAUAAGUUGGUUUCUCUUCCUGUUCAAUAUUUGGGACUACCCCUUAUCCCUGGAAAAUAGACAAUUAAGGCUUGUGAGCCUCUUAUUGAUAAAUUUACAACCAAGAUCAAUGGUUGAAGAUCGAAGUUUCUUAGUUAUGCAUGGAGGUGUCAGUUAAUUAUGGUUGUCCUUUACAGUUUAACACAGUUUUGGGUGGCCACUUUCAUUCUAAUUAAAGCUCUAAUCAAAGAGAUAGAAAGAAUUUAUAGUGAUUUUUUAUGGGGGUUUAAGAAGGGAGGUAGGAAGAAAGCUGUUGUAGCUUGAAAACAUAUUACUUUCCCAAAGAUAAUUGAGAAUGGCCUAGGGCUAAGGGAUUUGUCAAUUUGGAAUAUAGCUUGUGUCAUUCGUCAUAUUUGGGCUAUUUUGGCUCAACGUGGAUCUCUAUGAGUUGCCUGGGUGAAGGAGUAUAAACUGAAGUGGGAGGAUUUCUAGUUGGUGGCAAAGAAAGCUGUAUCGUGGAUCUAUAAUAAGCUGCUGAAGUGUAGAACCACAGUUGGAUCUAUAUUUCAGGUCCAGGGGUCUAAGGUCCUUUGGAAUGGAGUGGUCAUGGGAAAUUAUAGUGUCAAAAAGGUUUGGGAGUCCGUGGAAGUCUCUUAUCUGGACCCUUCCAACUAUACCAAAGGAUCAGUUUUUGGCAUGGAUGGUUGUGAAUGAUUAUAUUUAUAUUUGUGAUAAGAUGGCUAGUUGAGGCUACUCAGGUUCUUUAGCAUGUGUGCUUUGUGAAACUGGUAAUGAGACUAGAGACCAUUUGUUUGCCUUUUGUCCAGUCUAUCACUUUUUUUUUAUUUUUUUUUUUUUGCGCAGGAUUGUUCUCUAAGAACUCUGACAGGAAAGUCUUGGAUCAGUGGGAGUUGGAGCUGGCUUGGCAUAUGAACCGAUUCAAGUGUAAAGCUGUCGAUGCUUGUGUAGGAUAAAUUUGGAGGGCAAUGGUGGGAUUAAUUUGGAGGGAACGAUGAUGUUGCCUGAGGUAUGGGAGUAACAUGAUGAGCAGAAGUCAUGAAGUGCUACUGAAGGUAAUAAAAGAAGAUGUGUGUAUUGUUGUUGGUCGAGAAAAUAUGUCCCAAUUGUGGUCUAUUUUAUGUCUCUUGAUGUCCUUCGCUGCUGUUGAGCUUGUAGUUGUGGCUAUAGUAGUCCUAGGUUAAUACUCCACAUUUUUAGAUGAACAGAUUAUAUACAAAAUCUUGAUGUUUACUUUAGUCAAUUGGCAGGGUGUGUUGCCAAUAAGUACUUUAGUUUUUUUUUAUGGAAUAUAUAAUAUUGUUCAUAAAAAAAUUAAUGCAAGGGCCCUUAGUUUUGAGUGGGGAAAAAAAAAUCCAGAUCUAUGUUUAUGCAAGGAAUCCGCUCCGGAAUGGGAGAUAAGGCACAAAUAAAACCAACCAAAACCAUGCUACUUACACGAGUAAAAUCAAACGAGCAAUAUCCAAAUUAUCAUCCCAUGCACACAAGGUAUUAAAAAACUACUUAGAAGCUCGGUGUAUCAUCGUCAUCUAUGCACAUAAAUAGAUUGCUCGAUCGGCUUGUUUAUAUAUUCUACCAAUUCCCUGAUGAUGAGGGUUAUUAAGCUUCUCUUCCAUUUUUGACUAAUUGAUUCAUCAUUAGUACUGCUGGCACAGAUUAUUAACUGGACCACCUUUACUUCCCUAAUCCCUACUGAAUCUGAAUCAGUACUACUGUACUGAUGCAGACAAUUAAUAUGCGGCAGACGCGUCAAAGCUAGUGCCUCGAUCACCAGGCCAGAUAACACAAAACUUAUAACUGCCCGCGUAGUUAUUGAGUAGUGUCAUAUAUAUUAUUCCUACCAUCUCAAUGUUAAUUGUUAAGGCUGGAAAAAAAAAAGAGGUGGGAACAAACAAAUAAAUGGCAGCUAGACCAUAGUACGUACGUGUCAUUAUUUCCCUUGUCCGUGAAAAGGCAUAGGAAAUGGUUAUACGUCAAAGAGUACUUCAUUGGACCAAUGAGAGAGAGCCAGCUCGUAGGUUGGCAAAUCGCCGUCCCGAUUGGAGACUUUGAUUGCUGGGGAGUGGAAAACGCAUUAAAUACCGGCCCAACCAUCGAUCAACCAACUAACCAGCCCGGCCGACCCACGACGGAAACCCAUCCUCUACUUUGUCUAUAUAAAGUAAACCCUCCUCCGGGAGCUUCAAUAUUCACUCACCCAGCAGUCUUCUAUCGACCAGCUUUCUAAAACAGCAAAACUUUUCCUUUACAUUUCUCUUAGUCCUACUAUCUAGUCUUUGUGCUGUGAAAAAUGGCGGGUGCAGCAGCGAAGAUGGUGUCGAUGGUUCUGGUGUGCGCCUUGGUGGCAGCACCAUACAUGGCGGCGGUGGAUGCCAUAACAUGCGGUCAGGUGACGAGCAGCCUGGCCCCAUGCCUCGGUUACCUGACCGGAAGUGGGCCGGUCACCCCGGGAUGCUGCAACGGGGUGAGGAGCCUCAACGGUGCCGCCCAGACCACACCUGACCGCCAAGCCGCUUGCGAGUGCUUGAAAUCCACAGCUGGCUCAGUCCGCGGCCUCGACCUCAGCAAGGCCGCUGGCCUCCCCGGUGCCUGUGGUGUCAACAUUCCCUACAAGAUCAGCCCCAGCACCAACUGCAAAUCCAUCAAGUGAAGCGUACGUGUAAACGAACGAAAGCAGGGAAUUAAGCGGUCAUAUUAGGUUCUGCCCUUAUAGUUAAUUAUUAUCAAUAACAAUAAUAAAAUGUGGUACGAGUAUGGGAGACAGCUGGUAUAAAGUCUCAACUACUCUAGUACGUACGUAGUACUGUGGUGACCCUUUAUUCAGUUAUUGUCUCCCCACAGGUCUAUGGAUCCUUUGUGUUUUGUAACGUUAGUUGUGAGUUCGCCCCGGGUAUUGUACUGGGAUUCAUGUAUGUGUGGCCACCAUAUGGUCAAUGCUACGUACUUACUUUUAUGUAAUGAAAUGAAAGUGGCGAGCGGUAUGCAUAUGCCACUUCAUUAUCUCUUUACUAUCUACACAAUCACUAUUGCCUAGCCACCACCUCAAAUUAACCUCUCGGGCUUAUGGUGAAUCUAAUUAUUAGUAAUUAAUAUCCAGAAUUUUUCCUCAUUCAUAAUACACAAGGUCAAUCGAAUCAAACCUGAAAGAUUACGCAACACAUAACACUGAGAUUACGUGGUUUCCCCAACGAUGAUGAUCGUUGAGACUAGUCCACGAGAGAAGGCUGUGAUCUCUUAUUCACGUUCACAGAAGCAUACAUCGGCCGAAGCCCUUCACCAAUACAUAUAUACUCGUCCACCCCAAACGCUAACCACGUCAGAAAAGGAAAAUUAUGUACAUGACGAAUUACAAAAAGGUACUUAAACCUUCAACUUCCAACACCCUCCCUCAAAUUAAUAUUGAUGGUGCUGGCGCAUCAUCAAUUUGUGAGCUAAAAACCAAUGUCGUGCAGAAGCAACCGCCUUAGUUAACAAAUCUGCCGUCUGAUCCUCUGACGUGAUAUAGGCAAGCUCAAUAGUCCCCUCCGUCAUGAACUGGCAAAUGUAGUGAACACGAACAUCAAUGUGUUUGGUGCGAUCGUGGAGUAUUGGGUUGGUGGCAAUCCGAAUCGCGCUAGUAUUUUCGGCAUAGAGACGAAUAGGAGUGCGCGACACACUACCCCAAAAUCAGCGAACAAAUGCUGCAGCCACUCCAGUUCAGAAGUAACUUCACUCAUUGAUCGAUACUCUACUUUAGUAGAAGACUUCGCAACCCAAUCUUGUUUCUUGCAGCGCCACGAGACAAAAGACUGCCCAAACUUCACACACCAACCAGACGUUGACCGCCGAGUAUCUAAGCAACCGACAUAGUCAGCAUCAACAUAAGCCUCAAAACAGGACUACCACCCACUGAAAAAUGUAAGCCUACAGUCUGCGUGCCCCGGAGAUAAUGUAGGAUCCGCUAUACAGCACACCAAUGGUGAGUGUGAGGUGCAGACAUAUACAGGCUACCAACCUCUACUGCAGAGGCAAUGUCAGGACGAGUGUGAGUAAGAUAUAUCAGACUGCUCACAAUACUACAAUACAGAGUACCAUCCUGA